GCUAGCCGGUGCUGUAGCAUUUGCAUCUGGUUCGAUCUGUACACGUGUAUAAGCUCUACCAUCUUGUUCAGCAUCCACAAAGGCUAAGCCUUAAUUUGCACGCUACAGUCUAUCAACCACUUUAAUUUGGUCCCUCUACUCUAUAUACAAAUAUUGCCCAAGUAUUCACCAGCUAGUAGUACAUAGAAGAAAGAUCAAGAUCAAGAUCAAGAUCAGCUUGAAUUGUUUUUAGCUUUUCCUGCAGCUAUCUCCUACCGUCGUUCUCCUCAAAAAAAAGAUCAAGAUAGAGAGAUAUAUCAUAAGAUAAUUGCAUCCUACGACAAUGGCGCACCUGACGAACGGCGCGGUGGACUCGCUGCUGGGUGUGUUGUCGAAGGUGGUGAAGGACGAGGCGAAGCUGCUGGGAGGCGUGGAGGGCGACAUCCAGUUCAUCAGGGACGAGAUGGACAGCAUGAACGGCUUCCUCCUCCACCUCACCAAGUCCAAGACGCCGCACAACGACCAGCUCCGCGCCUGGAUGAAGCAGGUCCGCGACGUCACCUACGUCGCCGACGACUGCAUCAGCCUCUACAUGCGCGACCUCAUCCCGCCGGAGGCCGGCCUCUGGCCGUGGCUCCGCCACAUCCCCAAGCGCCUCCGCACGAUUCCGGCCCGCCACCGCCUCGCCAACAAGAUCCACAAGCUCAAGGACCGCGUGCGCGAGGUCGGCGAGAGGCGCCUGCGCUACGACGUCAAGCUCCCAGAACUACACAAUUCGGAGGAGUCGUCGUCGUUGCUGGUCGCCCGAGACAGCAAGGUCGAGGAGAAGAGGGACGAAUUCCUACGUGCCAUCGACCAUGUCCACCAUGCUCCUCCUUCACCUUCAGCGAUCGAGAUGCUCCCUCUUGAUCUUGGAAAGGAUGCUCUCGAACACCUACAUGAUAUCAAGAAAUGCCUCGAUGGGGGUCAUGUCGCCAGCAUGAAGAUGCUGCUUCGUGCUCUGUAUGCCUAUCCCUACGGUACCAUAGAAGAAUUGAAAGACUUAUCCAACAGUCUUAAGAUUAAAGGAGCAGAUGUGGCCAAAUUGGUGAUGAUUUUCUGCUACAGCAAGCUGCCCACGCAUUGCAAGAGCUGCCUGCAGUACCUGGCUGCCAUGGGAGAGGAAGAUAAAAUCAAUAGGGCGUGCUUGGUCAGGCGAUGGGUCGCCGAGGGCCUCCUGCCCCUCAGGGUCGUCGAACCGCCUCUUACCACCACCAUGGAAGAAGCCGGCGAACUCUGCUUCAAGGAGCUCGUCUUUCGAGGCUUUCUUCUUCCUGCUCCUUCUCCUACAGAUCAUCCUCAAGAUGACGAUGUAGCUGUUGGUACAUGCAGCCUAAAUCUCAAGAGCUGUGUCGUUGAUAAUGCAGUCAAGAAAUUCAUCCCCGACAUCUCCAAGAGCGAUAAUUUUGUGGUUGACCUGCCUACCCACCUUCAGCUUCAGCUCAAAAUCAGACAUAUGGUUCGAUCGACCUUUCCUGCAACUGCGUCAGCAGAAGAGAAACAGCAACCACAGCAGCAGCUGAAUCCCAUGGAUGGGAUGGUGAAGCUCCUCAAGGAGUUACCUGAAGAGUAUCGGCUGAACGUGAUAGAUCUAGGGGGCUGCCAGAGAUUGGAGAAGAGCCACCUCAAGAGUAUCUGCAAGGUGACCUCCCUCAAGUAUCUGAGCCUCCGGAACACCGACGUUUCCAGUCUGCCCAAGAAGAUGGAGGACUUGUGGCAGCUGGAGACGCUCGAUAUCCGGGACACCAAAAAGAUGCCGGCCACCGCCAUGAGGCGCAUCUACCUCCUCAACCUGAAGCAUCUCCUUGCCGGCAACAACAUCAAUACCGACGGCGGUGGCGAAGGCAAGAAAAAUGAGUCAGGCUCCACCGUGCUGGUACCUCACAGGAUCGGGAAGAAGACGGAGACAUUGCGCCAUGUCCGGAUUAAGGACGGCCAAGCCGACCUUGCACGGAUUGGGUCUCUAGAGCAGCUGAGGAAGUUGGGAGUCGUCCUCGACGGCAGCCAAGGUAACAUCACUCAUUUGCUUGAAGCAAUCUCCAAGCGGAGAGAUACCCUGCGCUCACUGUCAGUCUGGAUCACGGAGCCACCGCCACCGCCGGCUGCGGAGCACAUGGCCGGCGACGACGUGUUCGUGACUCUUGACCAUUCACAAGAAGAAAUCCUAGCUCCCAGUAAACUUGAGAGCUUAGACCUCAACCUCAAGUGCUUCUUCAAGGGAGGAAAUGGCGGCGACAAGAGAGGCUACAAGCUCCCUACAUGGAUCAACGAAAAGUUCCAAGCGCUUUCCAAGAUCACUCUACGUUACACCCUACUGCGCGACGACGGUCUGCGGAUCCUCGGCAAGCUGAAGAGCUUGCGCUGCCUCAGGCUGCUUCGCAAAUCAUACAUCGAAAGCGAGGUCACCCUCGAGGAGGGGGAGUUCGGGGAGCUGAGGCUCCUCCUGCUUGAUCAUGUCUCUGAUAAGACGGCCUUGUUGAUCAAAGCCCGUGCAGCUCCCAAGCUGGAGAAGAUUGUGUGGAACUUGAACAAGACGAAGACGUUGGUGACGAUCUCCCCCGACGACAUUGCUGGGAUCAAUAACACGGCCAUACUUCGCUUCAAGGCCGCCGAUGCAGCAGCUCCUACGAAGGAGAAGGUUGACUGGAACUGCAACAGCACGAGGAAGAUCACUCCGGACAUCAUCCGGGGUUCAAUCGAAUUCAAUCAAGUCCAAGAGGGAGCUCAAGAAUUCCUCAAGUAAGUCCGAGGGAGCUCAAGAUCUCAUGAAGUGCGUGUUCCCCUUACCACGCGAUCGAUCUAUAUACGUUGCUUCAUCACAGUAGAAGGAGAUCAGAAUGUGGAAAGAAUAAUUAAAUGAAGACCUACUUACAUAUUUCUAUCUGGCCGGUUCUGGUAAGAAUUAAUAAUCGCAAGUUCACUGCCGCGUGUAUAUAUAUUCAUUAUAUUGCAAGGUUGUAACCUGUGUGUGCUGUGAUUUA